GGGACGGGAGCACACGGAGAGAUGGACGACAGCUCCAAAGAGGCGCUGAUGGAGGAGGCACCUCCGAGGUACACGGAGUCCCCGCGCCUGCCCUGCAUCCCCAACGAGCUCAGGAGCCUCCUGCUGCUGGUGGCCCUCGUGGUGGUGGCCCUCGUGGUGGUCAACAUCACCUUCCUCCUGCUGGGGCUGCACCUCAGCGAGUCACACGCCGAGACGGUGUUGAGAAUGACCAUCCACGGGCUGGAUGGUGAGGGGACCCCCCAGCAGCUCGCCAUGAGCAAGAAGGAAAGGACCGGGACGUUCGCGGUGCGGGACGGGCUCAACGCCUCCGCCACGGUGGUGUUCGAGUACAGCAAGCUGCUGGUCGGCUACAGGUCCUGGCGUCACCGCGCCUGCUACAUCACCCGAGUGGACAAGGACAACUUCCCGGGGCUGGACGCGGUCACCGAGAGCUUCCAGCGCCGGCAGGAUGAGGGCGAUGGGGACGAGGCCGUGCCCCUGGCUGACCGCUCCAUCCUAGGCACCACCAUCAACAUCCUCUGCAGCACCGUCCCCGUGUUCUGGUGCCCCAGUAUAAAAUUCCCAGUCCCGGUGGCCAGGCUGGGCUGGGAAUGGGAGGAGGCAGCAGCCAUGGAGAGCAGCAUGAAGCAGGUGAUGCUUGAAGAGGAGGACUCGGGGAAUGGCUGCUGCUGCCCAGGCUGCUGCUUGCCCUGCGCCACGUGCUGCGCCAAAUGCUGCACCAAAUGCAGCUGGUGCUGCGCCAAAUGCUGCUGCCUGCCCAAGUGCUGCCAGUGUCCCAAGUGUCCCAAGUGUCCCGGCUGUGCCGGCUGCACCAGCUGCUCCGGCUGCCUUAAGAAGUCCCUGUGCUUCGUCCCUCGGCUGCUCUGUUCCCUGCCCCGCAAGCUCCUGAGCUGCGGCUGCGGCCGCCUGCGCUGCCUGCUCAUCGCGGUGGUCGUGGUGGUCCUGCUGGUGCUCAUCAUCGCCGGCGCCCUGCUGAUGCGGCUGAGCAUUGACCAGCGCCACGCCGACACCGUCCUGCGGAGCGGGGUGUGGACUGGGACAGUCUGGGAAGAGGACGCGGCCACUUUCUACCUGGACAGCGGGGACGGGAACGCGGCCACUGUCGUCUAUGAUUACAGGAAUCUGCUGGUGAGCUACAGACCCCGGCUGCACCGCGCCUGCUUCGUGACCCGCGUGGACAAGGACAACAUCCCGGGGCUGGACACCGUGGUCGAGACCUUCCAGCGCCGGCAGGCUGAGGACAAGAUCUCCAUGCCCCUGGCUGACCGCUCCCUCCUGGGCACCACAGCGAGCAUCCUCUGCAGCCUCCUCCCUGUUUACUGGGCUUAGAGCCCGCGGGGUGGGCAGGGGGGCUGCGGGACCCCCGCCCACCCGGCAGCACCCUCACAGCACCAGCUUUGCCUUGCAGCAUCCCCAACAGCCUCGCUGGGAGCAUCGGCGACUCCUCCGCGACCGCCCCCGCGCCGCCCACCCCGAUUUUGGGGUGCGGGGGACUCGGAGGGGUCAGGGGGUCGGCG